CUGACAACAAAUUGGGUCCAGCCAAACUGCACCGCCAUCUAAAUCGACCUAAGCGGUGUAUCUAAUAACGAUGGAACCGAGAACAAUUGAUCUGGUCAUAAUCGGCGCUGGCUGGCAUGGCCUCGCCGCCGCCAAAACCGCACUCGCCCUGAAUCCCGACCUGAGUUUGCUCGUUCUGGAUUCCGCCACGUCAAUCGGCGGUGUCUGGGCGGAAGAGCGUUUAUAUGCAGGACUAAGGACUAACAACCUUCUGGGGUCAUAUGAGUAUAGCGACUUUCCUAUGAGUGAUAAUGUCAUGCCGGGACUGGUGGAAGCUGGACAGCAUAUACCAGGUCGAGCGGUGCAUGAAUAUCUGAAAGCAUAUGCAGACCGCUUCGGGAUCCGGGACAAAAUCUGGCUGAAUUGCAAGGUAGAGAGUGUGGAAUAUAUCAAGGGAUAUGCAGAGAGAAAAGAAUGGGUUGUUAGGUACAUAAAUGCAGCAGGAACUGGACACGCCAAAGACGGCUGUAUACGAACGCGGAAACUCAUACUCGCAACGGGGCUUACCUCUCAACCACGUAUUCCUAUUUUCGCCGGCCAGGACUCAUAUGGUGCGCCGCUAUUCCAUGUAAAGGAGCUUGCCCUUUACCAAAACAUCCUUUUUUCUAAGACCAAUGAUAAAACUGAAGAUCAGAAUAUGGGCACGGAAGAGGAAGAAGAGGAUUAUGAAGGCACCCGUGAUGACCAACCACCAUUAACUGUGCUCGGUGGAAGCAAAUCUGCCUGGGACACCGUCUACGCAUGUGCCUCAAGGGGUCACCGCGUCAACUGGGUUAUUAGAUCCUCUGGAACUGGUCCAUCGUGGAUGAGUCCUGCCGCCGUUUUCUCGCCCUUGAACCUUCUCCUUGAGAGUCUCCCACUCGUGCGUGCCCUGUCUUGGUUCAGUCCGUGCAUAUGGGUGAGCAGUCCAAUACGCAGGUUCCUGCAUGGGACGUGGCUAGGACGCAUCAUUGUGCGUCUUUUUUGGGCUUCCUUGGAGUGGGAUAUUCUUCGGGUCAAUCGGUACAGUGACCAUGUCGAGACAGCCAAGUUACGACCCUGGAUCAAACCUAUCUGGGCCGGGACUGCUGUGGGAAUCCUGAAUUUCUCGCAUAACUUCUUUAGCCUUAUUCGGCAAGGAUUGGUCAAAGUGCACAUCGCCGAUAUUGAGCGGCUGGAGCGGCAUACAGUAGUCCUUUCCAACGAGGACAAGCUCUAUACCAGGGCAGUAAUCCUGUGCACAGGAUGGAAAGCAUCUCCAGGCAUCCGGUUCUUGCCAGAUGGAAUUGAACAAGAGCUCGGCUUACCGUGGACAGCAGACUCGCUAGAUCCAGAGCUCAUCGAGCAAACUCGUAAAAACAUCCACACGCGCCUGCCUAUGCUCGGUACCGUCCCAGAGGCCAGGAGCUAUCACGACAAAAAAGAUGUCAAUGAAACCGUUCUGCACCCUUUCCGUCUCGCCCGCUUCAUCGUGCCCCCUUCCCUAUGGGAUGACCACAGCAUCACCGUCUUAGGAACCGUUACCACGUUUAACACACCUCUCGUUACCGAAGUACAAGCCCUGUGGGUACUAGUCUAUCUAAACCAUGGCAAUGAGCUGCACUAUGAUUGUCAUGACAAGGAGUCGCUACUCCGCGAGACAGCACUCCACACGGAAUUCUGUGCCCUGCGUUCGCCAGCGGACCAUGGGGCGCGGAAUGCUGACUUUGUCUUCGAAGUCCUGCCGUAUUUGGAUAUGUUGCUUCUAGAUUUAGGCUUGAGGACGGCAAGGAAAGGGUCGUGGUGGAAAAAUUUGUUCGUACCGCAUCAGCCGAGGGAUUAUGCGGGGUUGGUGGAGGAGUGGAAGGGACGUGUAUCUGUAGCCAACAAGGGGGGGAGGAUAAAGAUUGAUUAG